GCGAUACAGCGAGAGGGAGAGAGAGCACUGCCGUCGAGAUUGGACUCUAUCACGUUUUCAUUAUUAGUCUAAAAUGCUUUAGUACCUUAUUAGCGCAGGCUGCCAUUCAUCUGUCCUGUCAUUCAAAGAGAUCAGUCACGCGGGAAACGUUAAGUUCAGGUCUAGAAAGCGAGUGGCACAGCUGAAGGCCCAAGAUGCCUGAGCAGAGCAACGACUACCGUGUGGUGGUGUUUGGAGCAGGGGGUGUGGGGAAGAGCUCCCUGGUGCUCCGUUUUGUGAAAGGCACUUUUCGGGACACCUACAUCCCGACGGUGGAGGACACAUACCGGCAGGUGAUCAGCUGUGACAAGAGCGUCUGCACCCUGCAGAUCACAGACACAACCGGCAGCCACCAGUUUCCUGCCAUGCAGCGUCUGUCCAUCUCCAAAGGGCACGCAUUCAUCCUGGUCUACUCCAUCACUAGUAAGCAAUCCCUGGAAGAAUUAAAGCCCAUAUACCAGCAGAUACUUGCUAUCAAAGGCAACGUAGAGAACAUCCCCAUCAUGCUUGUUGGAAACAAGAGCGAUGAGACUCAACGGGAAGUGAAGACCGAGGAUGGAGAGGCCCAGUCCAAGAUCUGGAAGUGUGCUUUCAUGGAGACCUCGGCUAAGACUAACCACAAUGUCACUGAGCUUUUCCAGGAGCUUCUCAACUUAGAAAAGAAGAGAAACAUGAGUUUGAACAUCGAUGGCAAGCGUUCUGGGAAGCAAAGCAGGGCUGGCAAGCUGAAAGGGAAAUGCAGCAUCAUGUAGAGCGCUUGUUAGAGACAUGGUGAGAUAACACAGAGAGAUAGAGUGAUAAAAUAACAAAGGAAAGGAACUGAU